GGAUGAUAAGAGAGCGGAGGGAAAAAGGACUGACACUCCUUUGAAUUUUUAUUUCGUCUACUGUAGACGCUUGAGCAGAACAAGCUUUUCUUUAAAACUGUUUUCAUAAAUCCAGACGUACAUCUUUGUAAUGUAGCGACAUAGUGAAUUUACAGAACAGUAGUAGUUAAGCAAACUUUCAUGCCCGCGAACCUCGCAUUUAAAUUACAGUCGAACCUGUAUAUAAUGACCCUGUAUGAAGCGGCCGCCCUCUAUUAAGCGGUCAGUUUUCAAAGUCCCAAUUUUUUGUUCAUACAAAUGCUGUAUUUGUUAACUGUAUUAGGCGGCCACCUCUAUUAAGCAGCCGUUGCCAUCCUGUAGCGGUCCUAUGUUUGUCUUUCUUUGUUAUUUUUACCUAUAUUAAGCAGCCACCCUAAACGUAACAACUAUGAAAUGACGGAAUGUGAUAUUUUGUUGUGAAAUGUACGUCACAGAAAUACGGUGCUGUAUACCGUAGAAGAGUAGAGGACAAUUUAAUGCACAGUACAGUACUUUUUACACAAUGUUACGUAUAUAUAUAUUAUACCGUUAAGUUACAAGUUGGCAGUGAACCCUGUUUAAAGUAUUCAUUCCCUGAAAGAGUGUUGAUUGUCCUGAUGUUUCCUUGCAUGAAGUGUUUCUGAACUGAUACGUCUUUAAAAUUGACAUUAGACUACGCCCAGUGAGCAUUUUUAGUGAAAUUGUGUUAAGCGGCCAGUUCCUCAUGUCCCGAAGUUGGCCGUUAUAUACAGGUCCGACUGUAUUUAUGGAGAUAUUGAUUCUAAACUACAGGACCAGUUUUAGUAAAAAAAUUCCAUAGAACUUUGCAACUUGAACUAUUUUCCAUUCUAGAUUCCCUUCUGUCAAAAAGUAGCACUUGAUUUUCAUUAAUGAAAAUGAUUUUUUUAUUGGUUUCGUUUGAAGAUGUCGACGAAUGCGCCUUAGCAGACCAGGGUGGCUGUGAAUUCAAAUGUUCUAACUACGAAGGUGGUUAUUACUGUACUUGUGAUGUUGGCUACAGACUCAUGGAUGACGACAAGAGCUGUGAAGAGAUUUACUGCCCUGCUUUGGAAGCUCCAUUCCGCGGUCUCAUCACUCCGGACAGCUGUACUGACGAAAGAGAGAAUAUCAGGCGUAACACUGUCUGCACAUAUGGGUGCGAAUCUGGACACUACAUCGCGGGUGGAAAUCAAUCAUUAACCUGUCAGAUCGAUGGAUUGUGGCAAGGAACUGUGCCUUAUUGUAAACCGGUCGUGUGCCCGAAGCUGACUUUACCUGACAAAGGUGGAGUGGUUCCAUCAUCAUGCUCACAAACAGACGUCGAAUACGGCACACGAUGUGUGUUCUAUUGCGGUGACGGAUAUGCACUCAGCGGUCCUAGGUACACCACGUGUCAAAACGAUACUUCCUGGAGCGAGAUCGCCGCAUUGUCUUGUGUGAGAGUUUACACGGAUCCAUGGAUCGUGUGUCCAAUCGAUAGAGUAGAAGAACUUGAGCCAGACAAGUCCACAGUGGUGCUUGGAUACAAGUGGCAGCUUCCGCGAACCAAUAUGAAGAACGUGACAGUAUCGCCUAGCAACUAUGAUGAGAAUUAUCCUUUCCCUGUUGGCAGACACCGAGUCACGUGGAUAGGAACCAGUGACAGUGGAACACAGAAGAGUUGUAGCUUCCAUAUCACUGUAAAUGACGUGACACCUCCCUCAGUCCAGAACUGCCCUGCAAGCAUCGUAGAUCGCUCCAACUCUCUGCAACAGGCCGUCACGUGGACACCACCAACAUUCACCGAUAAUGUAGCCGUGGUUAGCGUACAGUCCAAUCGUGAUCCUGGAUUUAUCAUGGACACGUACACGUCACUAACUGUACGAUACACAGCUUUAGAUGCUGCCGGGAAUGUGGUUUAUUGUAUCUUUAACAUCACCUUGGAAGGAGCAGUAUGUCAGACCAUCCCUAACCCCAAGAACGGCAUUGCUGCUAAGUUUGGACUAUUCCUACAGCUGAGGUGUGACCAGGGGUACUUCUUCAACCCAUACCCUGCUGGAUUACCAAAGUUAUUCGAGAAUCCUUUCUACAGAUGUUUAGAUAAUAAGUGGGUGUCCCAGAACGACGGCGUGUCCAUUCUGUACAAAGCUCCGGACUGCAUGAAGUAUGUGACUUACACUGGUCCACCCUGUCAAGGUGGAACAAUCCUAUUGGACAAUGCUGUAUGCUUGAACUGUCCCCCUGGAACUCACAGCGACAACGCCACCAACACGUGCGUAGAUUGCAACACUGGAUUUUACAUGGACGAGGAAGGAAAAACAGAAUGCCAGCCAUGUCCUAAGAACUACAGUACCGCCAUCACUGGAGCUACCAACAAAACUGACUGUCGACGAAUCUGUCGUGCAGGUCGCUACUCUGUUAACAAUGGUGUUUGUCCAUGCAAACGAUGCCCGUAUGGAACCUACCAAGAAAAUGAACAAAUGACCAGCUGUAAAGCCUGCCCAGUCGGAACCAAUACAACACGCACCGGAAGUACAUCCAUUGACCAAUGCGUGUCUCCUGUCCGCAUCACCGGAACUGUACCUGAUGCUGACUUUUCUGUGAAGGAGAACGAAACCAUUUCUCUCCUUUGUAACGUUGAAGGAAGUCCAGCACCUACUGCCACAUGGAGCAAAGUCGGCGGUUCCUCUCCUUCGUCAGACCGCGUGACAGUCAAUAACAUCUACGACUUGGAAUCGGAGCUGACGGGCGUAGAAUACGUCAUUUCCGGGGCGAUUGUCUCUGACUCUGGGACUUACAAGUGUACGGCGGCCAACACAGUAAACUUGGUUACCAAGGAGAUUACUGUAACUGUUACAGCUAACGUCUGAGUCGUCAGUGAAUGGCAAGAUAAAUUAAGUGAACCUCAUAUAGAAGAAACAUAACAGACAAUCCACAGUUUACAAAGAGUCGCUAUUUCAUGAUAAUUUUAAUCGUAACUGGAAUCAUAACAGAAGAGAAAUAAACGGUGUAUAACACAUCA